AUGCAGAAAAACCUCAUUGUACUAAUUGGGGGUGGUCAUGCUGCCGGAAAAAGGACAACAGCGGAGCUAAUAAAAACAGAGGUCGAGAACUUACCAGAGAACAAUGGCUCAUCUCUACACAUUGAAGUAUUGGACAUGACCACUUUCGAACAGUCGGUCACAAAAAAUGGCAGCACUAGUGAUGAGAUGUCAAAACACAAAUUCAGACCCGCUCGUGUCGAUUUCGAAGCGCUCCUGGAUCAUUUGAAGUCUCUGCUACUCCAUAAAGAGGGUGAGAUCCAAAAGCUUUUGAUCGUUCAUGGAUGUUAUGCGCUCUACAAUAAGGAAAUAUGUGACAUGUCCCACAUGCGAGUUUACAUAGAUAGUGACGCAGACACUCGGCUUAUUCGAUGGAUCCGUAGAGACGUACUCUUUACCGAAACUGAGACUUUGGAGCACAUCUUGUCAACAUAUCUCCAAGGCGCGAAACAGGAAAUGACAGAUUAUAUUUUUCCUACAAAAGAGCGAGCCGAUGUGAUCAUGCCUCGUGGCGCUGAAGCAAACGGUGUGUCAUUGAUUGUGGAUGGCAUCCUACCACACACUGGCUUCGGCAAGCUAUUAGAGCAUAGCGGAACGAGUUGUCUUCGUCCAUUUCAAGGUGAAAGAUUUGACAAUCAAAAGGGCAACUUCUAUGAACUUAAUUGA